AGUUGAAUCGGAAAAUCGGUCACAAACCAGCAAAGAUAGGAAGAAAUAUUUACAAGAAAGAAACAUGUCGGAGGCCAUCAUCUCAGAGGCGAUAAAAACACUAGAGAGUUUCGUGGUUGAAGUUACCUCAAGCCACAUUUCCCAUAUAGAUAUAGGGAAUGUGAAAGAAGUAGUAAAUGAGCUGAGAAUGAUGCUGGAUUUCUUAAGAGACAAGGAAUCAGGAGAAAGAAUCAGACUUGAUCAUUUGCUAGCUGACUUGGUCGAGAUUGCAGCGGACUUGAUCCAACGAAAAAACAUCGGUAUCUACCUUACCAAUAUUUAUCACGCCAUAGGCAAGCUGAGGAAGACGAGAAAGCGCAUUAUGGAGUUUGGAGCAGGAGGGGGGCUGAUUAAGCCACAAAGUGUUGAAGGAGGAGACGAAUCAGGUGUCGUGGUGGGCUUGGAGAAAGACGUGCAACAACUUAUAGGUAGAGUGAUUCUCAACGAGGAGCGAGACCUGGUGGUUUUGCGUAUCAAAGGCAUGAUUGGUGCGGGAAAGACCACUCUUGCCAGGCUAGUAUACAACCAUCCGGCCAUCGUUGAAAAAUUCAAGCUUCGUGCAUGGUUAAGCAUUUCUAGGUACACAAGUACGAAGGAGGUGCUUGUGAAACUGGUGCAGCAGUUGCUGGAGCAUGAUGGAGAUGGAGAUUCGUUGCUGGAGGAAAUGGACAACCAGAGUCUUCGAUGGAUGCUUCUUCAACGCCUGCGAAGAAUGUCAUUUUUCAUUGUUGUUGAUAACCUAUUGCCAGAUAUGGACUUCGAAUCCUUCUUGAUAGAUCUUGCACGUAGCGGCCAUGGAUGUAGAUUGUUGAUCACAAGCCGUUAUCAAAUUCCAGAGGACGUCCAUGCGCGGCGUCCGAAAAUUAGCAGCCGCUAUCCAAUUCAGGAAGAUGUCUUUUAUACUCAUGAGAUGAAGCCUUUGGAUUCUGAUAAGAGCUGGCAACUGUUUUUGAAUGUUUUAUUUUGUGGUGACAAUUUUGUACACAAGUUACCAAAGCAUUUGGAGAGGAAGGGGAAAGAGAUGUUGAAAAAAUGUGGAGGUUUGCCGAUGGCUAUAAUAGAUGCUGGAAGACAAAAAGCUAAGCAAAGACUUGAAGGAAUUGGAUGGGAGGAACUUUUUGAUUCAAUUGAUCUGAGUGAAUCGUUGAAGUUAUUAGAGCCGAUGUAUCAUGAACUGGAUGAAGAACUCAAGCCAUUUUUCUUGCACAUGUCAUUUUUUAAGAAAAAUGCAAUAAUGAGGGAAGAAAAGUUGGAACAAAUUUGGGCAUCAAGUGGAUUGAAUACAAAAAUGGCAUCUACAUACAGUUUAUUUAAACAAUCCAUUAUUGAAGUCGUGCAUCCGUACCCGAAAGAGUUUAAAGUGAAAAGGUGUCGCAUCAAUCCUCUACUACAUGAGUUAUCCAUCAAAAAAGCAGAGGAAGAAAUGGGCUUUGAGAUCUUAAGGAGCGAUGUAAAUAGUCAACCCUUGCAGAGUCCUCGUCACCGUGUUAUCCAUUGUGGUAGAGACAAGAUGAAUCACUCCACAGAUCAAGCCAAACACCUUGUCUCUCUCAUCUUCCAUGGAGGUGGUGGCUACGUGGGCAAUGCUAGCCAGUCUUAUUGGAAGAGUUUUGAACUCCUUAAGAUUCUCGACAUGGAAGAUUUUGGGGUGAAGACUUUAUCAGAAACUAUAGGCACAUUGAUUGAGCUAAGGUAUUUGGGAUUGAGAAACAAUUACAUACAAGAGAUUCCACACUCGUUUGGAGGCUUGAAAAGGCUUGAUGUUCUCGAUAUAGCUCUAAACUUUAUGGUAGAGGUGCCUGAUAUAAUCAAGGAAAUGGAUAGCCUUUGCCAUCUUUACAUGUGUGAUGUGAUUUUCAAGAAGCCUUUGAAAGUAGAUGCACUACAAAAUCUUGAGACUCUAACCUACAUCUCGAUUUAUGAUUGGACAUAUGAGGCCUCGAGCAUGGAGAAGAUGACUCGUCUCUAUAAAUUAGGCGUUGAAGAAGUUGAUGAAAAGUCAGAUGUAUGCAAGCUCUUUGCAUCACUAGCUAAAUUGACGAGCUUUAGGCAAUUUACCUUGAGAGGGUUUCGUUUCAGAAGCAUGUCGUGUUUGGAUGAGAUUAGUGCUCUAAAUAGACUCGAUAAACUUAGACUAGACGGAUGCCUAGCUAGGCUACCAAGUGCCAAUAUAUACUUGGUAGUAUUGGUUCUCGUAAAUACUGGUCUUAAUGAAGACCCUAUGCCGUUACUUAGGGAGCUACACUGCCUAGAACAGCUCAAACUGCGGAAUGCAUACACCGGUCCAGAAAUGGUGAUCCGCUAUGGGUUUCCUCGGCUCCGAGUCCUUCGCAUCAAUGAGCUGUGGAAUCUGAGAAAUAUACUAGUUGUAGGUGCAAUGCCGAAGCUCAAACAACUAGAAAUCAUGAAUUGUCCGUAUCUGGAGACGCUACCGGAAGCGAUUGGGUCAAUGAAGGAUCUGAGAAAGUUUACUAUGGUAACAACCAAACACAUAGCAACAAAGAUCAGAAAUUCAAGCUUAAUCUCCAAAAUAUUAGAGGUGGAUAUCAUUCCAUAAUUUGGAGUUAGAUACAUUUUAUUUGUUGGUGUUUGGAUGGCAUGUAAUUUUUCUUCAAUGUUUUCCCCUUUUUUCA